ACUGUUGGUCAUGUUUGUGACGUUCACAUACCUCUUCAUUGUGGGAUUUCAUAAACAGGAUGCUGUAAGAGGGUGGGAUGCUGAUAUAUUUUUCGGUAGAUCAUUUGAAGAAAGGGGAAAACAUCCUGGGAAUAGGGUGUGCUUGUUUUAUACGGCAUUUCCCCUCCAAAUUUUUGUACUCCGUUAUUAAGGCUAUGGCUACUUUACAGGUGCCCUACACUGGCAAAAUAUCGCCGCAUCGGGAAAUAAUUGCUUAUGCUACGGAUUUUAAUUUGUAUAAUUGCUGUACAAUCUAAAAAAAUCACCCAACUAUGACGACUAUUUAAAAAAAAAAGUUGUACUUUGCGUCUUCGAAAGCCUUUUGUGGUGUUUGGCUAUUUUUCGGCUGAUAGUACUAUAGCGUUGGCCCGGUAGAUGGCACUGUUGCUCAUGUUUGUGACGUUCACUUAUCUCUUCAUUGUGGGAUUUCAUAAACAGGAUGCUGUUAGAGGGUGGGAUGCUGAUAUAUUUUUAGGUAGAUUAUUUGAAGAAAGGGGAAAACAUCCUCUGAAUAGGGUGUGCUUGUUUUAUACGGUAUUUUUGUACUCUGUUAUUAUGGCUAAGGCUACUUUACAGGUGCCCUACACUGGCCUAUCAGAUUCCUAAAAAUCUGUGUGUAUAUUCUAGUAUAUUUGUGUCUUUCUUGCAAUUAAAUGUAUUUUCCCAGCAGUUCUAUUCACAAAUUUAGAACAUAUAUCUAAUAUACUUUAAUUGGAAGCUACAUGAGCUACAUUGUGAUCAUUAUGAGUCAUAAUAUAUAUCAGCUAGCCUCGUACAACUCUAUAAAAAGCAUUAAGAGUGGGAGGGCCUCAUCCAAACAGCCCAACAACACAUUUUCACUUCUGCUUCUCUGGGGAAGUAAGAAGGCACAUGACUUGAUCAGCUAAUGUCUCCGCUUGCCUUUGCUCCUGACAUGGGAACGUGGACAGAGUAGGAACUCAUCUGGACCUCCACAAGACACUUCACACUGCUCUGUUAAGACGCACACAUGGCUCUCCCACUGACAAAGGAUGAAAGCAUAAAAGGGGAGAGGAUCAAUAAAGAAACAGGGGAGCUGAGUGCUUCGGGGGAGUUGUCCGUCUCUUUGGAGUUGGACAAGAAGAAAGCAGAGGCCUCCUCAGACCCUCUACCCUCUGAGUUGCUCCGAAAACAACUCCAAGAACUUGAGAGUCACCAAUGCUCAAGUUUGACCCACAAUGGGGACUCUAUCCCUUUAGGGCAAAGGUGGGAGUGUCUGGUCAGAGUCCUGCCUCUCUAUAUACAGGUGUGUGAGGAAGGUGGAGGGCUUGAGGGUUUGGACUUGAAGGUACUUGCAGCUGUGACCGCAGACACCGUCAUCUAUAACAUCCACAACAGGCUUGCAGAAAGACCUGCAGAAGAUGCUCGCGAGGAGGUUGUUCGAUUCUUCCAACCAGAACACGACCAGGCCAAGUGUCCAGGAUGGCUGUUGCUUAAAUGUCUGUUGCUCCUAACUGCUGACAGCUCUGACAUACUGUCAUGUAUAAAUCCAGGACUUUCUGCUGCCCUUGUGAAAUGUUUGUAUCUUCUCGUGUGCAUGCCAGCAAAGGAGAACAUAAAAGAGAGCUUUCAAGAGCUACUGACACAGGUUCUCCUCCAACUUUGUAGACAACCAGUCAAUGUGGAGCGGCUGGUAGAGACACAGGAGCUUCAGUGCCUCAUCAUUGGGCUCACAACGCUUUGGGACCAGACCAGCAUCCCUUGGAGGCGUCAGGCCUCCCGGGUCCUCAAGGCGGUUUCUGCUGUGGCUACGAGCAACACGACUCCUAACCUGCUUGGAAAGAACUGCAUUCGCAUCUGCAUCCAGAAUCUCUACCGAAUCAGUACUGACGUGGCGGGUCCGCUUUUAGCUGAGGUGGCCACAGCUGUGUUUAGCUUUGUUCGAGACACAUAUCGUCUCAAUCCAGCCCUCUUCACCGAGUUUGACUCUCACAAUGGCUACAAGGCACUCGAAAACAUUCUCCAACGUUGUGAAGGCGGCGUACCAGAGGAUCAGUUCCAGUCUGUGGAGGAGCUGCUGGCGCUCAUUGCCUCUAUCACCAUGCUCGGGAAAACGGAGCUCAAAGUGGCUCUUUGUGUCAGUCACCCCCAACCUCCGGGCUUCAGAUUUGAGGCUCCGCUCAAUAAAGGUUCUUCAGUAAAGAACCUACCUGCCUUACAGCUUCUGCAGACCUCCUUGCUGCGUUGCCAGGACCCUCUCCUGUGCUGCCAGAUUCUGAGAACCUUUCAGAUUAUUUGGGAGAGGGACAAAGCUAAUUUCUUCCUUUCGGAGUGGACUGUCCAGACCAUGGCCCAACUGGCUGCGUGUGUCUGGCGCAAACCAGACGCGGUCCAAGCAAUGUUCUUUUCAAUGCUUGAGAUGGUCAUAUUCAAGCUAAACUACAUCCCCCAUGAGGCAUUGCGGGUAGUACUGGGCAUCUUAAAGCAGAGCUGGUCGGGAGUACUGGCUGCAGGGGAAGGAGGGGCGGAGUUUGGAGUGGCAACACUUAAAAGCUUUCAUAGGAUGACCGUGCACAGCGGUAUGCUAGCGGAGGUGCUAAGCGACUGGGGCCUCCUGGAGAUGCUGCUGGUGGAACUUCGCAGGAGAGCCAAGAUCAUCCGGAAGGCUGGCGUUGUCUCCACUGCUCAAUUAGAUGCACAGCAGCCGCCAUGUGUGGAGGACAACGACAAGUUACUCACCGCUUGUAUGCUUCAACUUGUGUCUACCCUUACUCUGCGUUCAAUUAAGAACACAGUUUCUGUACGAGAACUUGGAAUGGUCCCAUACAUAAAGAUCUUCCUGGACGAAGAUCAGUAUCGGGCUCCCACUCUGAGCAUUUUGGAGCAUCUCGCCGAGCUGAACCCAGAGGAGUUCAUGAGUACCGCCGUAGGAGCCCUGUGCUCCUCCACUCAACAUGAACUGGCUUUGAAGCGAGACCUUCUACAGUCUGUGCUAAAGGUGCUGCAGAGCCCAAAUAGCUGGGACGCUUUCCGACGGGCUGGCGGCUUCACGGGAAUUCUCUCACUCGUGCUCGACAUGGAAGGCGCUCUGGCCGACCCUCCUCGGGGAGAAGCGUGGCAGUCCGUCGGACGUCGACCCCUUCUUGACCUCGUCCUUCUCGCCCUCCACAUAUUAGCCUCCGCAGUUCAUCUUCACGUGGUGAAUGCACACUUUUUUCAGACCGGCAGCUUUUACGAAAGACUGGCUGAGGCUCUCCUCCAGCUGGGCUGCUUCCACGCUGAAAGCUCAGAGAGGAGCAGGUGGGAGGCAGAGGCAAGAUGCUUUGUCAAGACCGCAGAAGACCACCAGCCUCUUGGAAAAAGCUUCUAUCAGUUUGUUGAGUUAGCAGAAGAGGUCCCCGCAGGUCCCUCCUCCCCAUCCGUCCACCUCCCAGUCACUCUUCGGACUUGCAUUAGGCUCCUCUCCUAUCUUGACUACUUUGCUACAGGCCAUUGCUCCCCUCUGGACUUCAACUUUGGGUUAGAACCUGAGAAUGGGUGUGACCGUGACUUAAAGGAAAUAAUCAGCUCAACAGGGCACAAAGGGGUGCAUUCAGCAUCACCUGCUGUCCAUAUGGGGCCUGUCCAGCCACCUUUGGAGGACAUGCAAGGGAAAUAUCGAUCCACAGGAACCAGCAUAUCCACAGUCUGCUCCAAUUCCCAGUCGAGGUUCACUUGUGAGCAUGUCACACUUCACCCCGGAGCUAUUCGAAUCAUCAUGACUCUCCUCCCAUCAGUUUUUACUCCUGAGGACACGCAGCUCUCAACAGAGGUCCAGCUCGCAGUGGCGAAUCACGUUCAGGCGGCGGCCAAGUCGGAGCGAAACCGUCAGAUGAUGUGUGAAGGAGGGCUUAUUGCCACGGUCCUGAUUCACUGCCGCAGCAUGCUGCUGGAUCCUAAUCACCCCUUACAUCUGACUGUUACAAGAAUCUUGGAGAAGCUCUCCUCCCAGGCCAUCACACCUUCAGACUUCAGAAAGUUUCUAUGUUUAGGAGACCCUCUGUGCUUGGCAGACAAGGCGAAAGUGCCAUCUAAACCAGGAGAAGUAGCUGAUCUCGGCACAAAGGCAGACACUGUUGCAGGGUCCACAGCGCGAACAAUAAAACGGGCUUCCAGCCUGUUAGAGUCGCCGACCUCCAGCGAAUUGCCAGCCGGUUCCACCAUUACUGCCCACCAGAUCAUCAGUCUGGUGUCCAUGACGUCACCGCGGACAUUUCGGCCUCAUCGAAUCUCCGCCACACCUGCGUUUGUAGAGUUUGACAUGAGUGAGAAUGGCUAUGGUUGCCUAUUCCUGCCCUCUCUGGCAACAGUGAAGGGAGUGACAGCCGAUUCCAUCUCAACUGGUGGAAUAGGAGGAGACUGCCGGGGUUUCCCUCCCACAGCCGGUCUCUCCUUUUCCUGCUGGUUCCAGAUCAAUAGGUUUAGUUCAGCGUGUAAUUCGCACCCAAUCCGACUCCUGACAAUUGUUCGCCACAUGUCACGGACGGAGCAACAGUACAUCUGCUUGUCUGUCUCUUUCUCUGCCUUUGAUGGCUGUCUGGUCCUGUCCACUGAGGAGGAAGCUUUCACUUACUUGGAUAUGAUGGAGCCAGAAGUGGGCACCCCAACCUCUUUGCCCACCUCACUGAGGUUCCGUUGUUCCAGCUUGCUUGUUCCAGGUCAGUGGCACCAUCUUGUUGUGGUCAUGGCAAAAGACGUGAAAAAAAGCUGCGCAGCUUACGCCUACUUCAACGGCAAAGCAGUAGGGACUGGAAAGAUGAGAUACAUUCAGCCAUUCCCUGGCAAGUAUGUCUACAUGGACCCCACGGCUGUGAUUGACGUGUAUGGACUGAUCGGAACGCCCGCUCUUUGGAAGGAACAUGCUGCUCUUGUGUGGAGGGUCGGAACUUCCUACCUUUUUGAGACGGCUUUAAGCCCUGAGGUUGUGAAAGUCAUGUACUCUCAAGGCACUUCUUACUUGGGCAACUUUCUGGCUCUGUGCGACAAAGAUCACAAUCCAGAAGUCGAGUCUAUCCCUCUUCAGCUGGUUCCUGAGGAGAGGAUCACAUUUGGCAUCAACCCAGCAGUUUCCACAUUAACGACUGUGGUGCAGAUCCGAGAGAAAUACAAUGAAGUUGACUGCAGACUGAUUGCUAAAGAGCUGGGGAUAACUUCUCGAGACCAGUCCACUCCAGUGUUCCUGGCUCACAACAUUAGUCAGCACUUAAGUGGGACAGCCCGCACAAUCGGAGCAGCCCUGGUUGGACAUUAUGGUGUGCGCUCAUUUAUACCUCGAAGUACCGCUGAUGGCUUCCUGUAUGUUGGCGGGCCUGCAGUUGUUCUCAGUCUAAUUGCAAUGGCAGCGGAUGACAGCUCCUUGUAUGCAGCGGUCAAGGUUCUCGUCUCCGUACUGGAGACUAAUUCUGCCAUGCAGCAGGAAAUGAAGCGCAUCAAUGGAUACAAAGUGCUAGCGUUCUUGCUAAAAAUGAAAAGUCAACUCGUUAGCCACAGAGUUUUUCAACUGAUUCUGUACCUUUCGAGUUCCAUGGAGCUGAGCUGUGCUUCAGACUGUCUGCAGAAUACUUCUGUUUUCCAGGCUCUUCUGUUGGAUCUUGAGGUGUGGAAGAACACAUCCGAAAAUCUAGAUCUCUCUGUUCUGAACCACUUUGCUGAGAUCUUGAAGUCACCGAGCAAUGACAGCAGGAUUGCAGUGGUCAUGCACCAACUGGACCUGCUUCCAAGUUUACUCUUUGAACUUUGUGACGCGUCUGUGACUUAUCGAAAGGUCGAGCUUGUUUCUUGUGUCAUCAUGUGCCUCCUGAAAACUCACUUCACUACUCUGGAUAUAAGCAGACUUGGUCUGUUUUUGGUCUACACACUCCCUCCUCUACGUAACACCACUGAAAGCCAUGGCAUGUCUGACAGUGAUGUUUCCCAAGAAACAAAAGCUGAAAGUUCUUAUCCCGCCAGCCUCAUCUUGAUCCGUAACCAGCUGUUACUUGUUCUUUGUGACAUCCUUGCCUCCGACAGCCCUUUGAUCAAAGAUCAGCAGAAUGCUGUCUUUAAUGUCCUGGGCAGCGAUUGGUUCCUGCUCUUCCUGAAGCCGCACCUUCAUUCUUCUACUUUGAAACUGGGACUUGUCCUGCUCACACACUUCCUGUCCAGUGCCACACAACUCAGCAGCUUCAGGGAGGCCGUGGUCCCCGGAAGCCUCAUAGAUGGCACAGAGGAGCCUUUUUCCAUUAUGGACAAUCUUCGGGCUCACUCUUGGUCGUAUGAAUGCUCCAGUGCUACAUGCCCUGGCUUUGAAGUUCUCCAAGGUCUUCUGCUCAGACACUGUCAGCUCCCUCAGGUCUAUGAAGCUUUGGCUGCCCUGCUGCUGGACAGGAAGAUCAGCCAUUCUCCUGACAAAGAGGUGAGCUUGGAUGACUUUUUCCAGUCCUUGAUUGACAGCCAAGCAGACACUCCUGGCCUGCAACUCUGUGUGGAGGCUGCAACAAUACUACUGGAACUGGUCAAAGUCAUCAUCACGGAACAGAGGCCAGGCACUGGUGCAUCAUGGGAGGUGAAGCUCCCCGAAAGUGUGAUGCAGUUCUUUUGUCUACUGCGUGACCUUCGACCCCAAGACCCACUGUGGGCAUCUACAGAGUUCCUUCAUGCGCUCGCUGCUGUCGUGUUCUCCUGGCACAGUGCAGAGGGCCAGCGUCAACCUUGCAGAAUGAAGGAUAACGAGGAUGCACUCAAGAGACAGUCAGCAAGGAAGCCAGUAUACGUCUUCAUGCGUGUUCUCCUGAAGGACAGCCUUUUUAAUGUGUGUGGCAACAGCAACACACAUCCUCUAGUGGUACUAGUUGAGUUCUGUCCAGAUGCGGCAUCGCUGAAACAGAGGCAGAGUUUCCAGACUGAGCUGCUGGAGUUCAUUAUGGACACCAUCCAAAUGCUCAGCAAUGAUGAAGACAACACCACUCAGAUCUUUUCACAAGGCUCCAUAGCGCAGAGCUCUACAGGCCAGACUUGCACAUUGAUGGGGAAUGUGGUGCUCUUCAGUAAAGUUCUGGUUCAAACACUUUACAAUGGAACAUUCCUGGGGGCCUCUGAGAGUUUGCUCAACUUCCUCGCAGAUCAGAUUGUAGUGGCACUUGAAAGAGGCCAAAACCAUAAGGAGAAGACUGUAUCAGCUCUCUACUCCUGCACCAAUAAAGUACUGCUUUACUUCCUGUCUCAACCCCGACAUUCCCAAGCAGAGAUGGAAAGCAUCAUCAGGACUUUCCAAACCAUCAAUGAUCGCUGGGAUGUUCUCAUGGCGACGUACAAUUCCAACGUGAACUUCAUCACAUGCCUUCUUCACUGUCUCUUAUUGAUUGGCUCUGGCAGCUUCCCUGAAGGAUUUUGGGGUGCACAAAAAGCAAAAUUUGCAGCCCGCCCAUUACCUGCCAAAUCCCAACAUGAAGCAGACGUUGACUCCGAUAUUUCCACAGAUGACAAAGAACUGAUAUCCUUAGCAAAGACCUGCUGGUCAAAGGUCAUGACAGAGCGGCAGCACACACUGGAAGAAGUGUACAAGAUAGAGAUCUCGGCCAGCCACACAGCCGAGAGGGCACCUGCGAGCAUGACUGACAUCAGCCCACUGUGGGAGGAGACUGCACACAAAGCCUGGCUGCUGCACUCAGAAAAUCAGAAGCAAGCAAUGCCCAGCAGCUCCCACAACAAGUUUGACAUGAUCAGCAGUGCUGUUCGCUCAGCUAUGAGGAAACAGGACAAGGAGAGAGUGACGGCGGAGGAGUUUCUCUCCUACAUGGAGUCACACCGACAAAGGGGUUACCGCAUGUUCAAGAAUAUGAGGACAAAUCACCUACAGUUACGAGCAGGUGAGCGGGAUCGGGUCAACUCCCGGUGGUUGCAUGUGGAGACAGAGCUGAUGAGGGAGAGGGGCGUGUUUGGACCGAGCCCUGGGGUGCUGCUGAGCCGUGACUGGGUCCAGGACGCUGCCGAAGGACCCAACCGGACCAGACUACGCAUACGCAGAAAGGAACUAAGGCGAUCCAGACGGAUGCUAGGAGCUCUAUCCUUGGGUAUGAGGACGGGGACGCCAGCAGACAGCAACAACAAAACAGAAGCUGAUGCAGAGCCAAAGAGUCUGCGCGAAGUCGGCGCCGAGGCUAAAGAAGAGGAUGAAGAUGGAGGACAGGCGUGCGAUCGGCUGACCUUCUUUCCGGUUUUGAAAGAGUCACCUGCUGCCACUGAAAAUCCACUCGACCCCGUCACCCCUGAGCCUUGCUGCCACACGAAGACCUGCGCUGACAUACGCAUCAUCCUGCAGGAGCUGCAUCCUGGAGAGGAGGUUCAUGCGAAGAUGUGUGUUGUGAUGGUGAGCAGCCUGAAAGUGACUCAAGGGGUGCUGCUGUUUGCCAAAGAGAGUCUGCUCUUGUGCCAAGGAUUCACUCUAAGUCCGAGUGGAGAUGUUUGCUGCAGAAAGCACCACCCUAGCAGCGUGAGGAAUUCCUUCAUUUCCAGCAUGCUGACUAAGGAGUCCGCAUCCAGAUGCAGACGCUGGCUCUAUGAGGACAUCAAGGAGGCUCGUUUUAUGCGGUUCUUGUUGGAGGACAAUGCCAUUGAGGUCUUCAUGAAAAAUGGUCACUCGGCUUUCUUGGUGUUCAUAAAUAAAGAUCAUGUCUCUGCAUAUAAAAGGUUGUGCAAGGUGGUUUCGUCAUUAAAAGGCAGAGGAGUUGCUGAUGUCAUUGCUAAUGCCAGGAAGACUCCUGUGGUUGAGAAGACAACCCUUGUUAAAUGGCAGAAAGGGGAGAUAAGCAAUUUUGAAUACUUGAUGCAUCUGAAUACUCUUGCUGUGAGGACAUACAAUGACCUCAUGCAGUAUCCAGUUUUCCCCUGGAUCCUAGCUGACUACAAAUCAGAGUCACUGGACCUGUCAGAUCCUCAAAUAUUCCGUGAUCUGUCGAAACCAAUGGGCGCUCAGACGGAAAAAAGAAAGCAGAUGUUCAUCCAGAGAUAUGAAGAAGUGGAGAACAGUGAGGAUGAAGGAGUUAUGUCAGCACGAUGCCACUAUUGUACUCACUACUCCUCAGCAAUCAUUGUGGCCUCUUUCCUUGUUCGCAUGGAGCCAUUUUCUCACACCUUCCAGGCACUGCAGGGAGGACUUGAUAUCCCGGAGCGGAUGUUUUAUAGUGUAAACAAAGAGUGGGAGUCUGCCUCCUGUGACAACAUGAGUGAUGUCAGAGAGCUGAUUCCUGAGUUUUUCUACCUGCCGGACUUCCUGCUUAACUCCAACCACAUGCAGCUGGGCUGCAGGGAGGACGGAACCGCUCUUGGAGAUGUGGAACUGCCGGCAUGGGCGAAAGAUGACCCUCAGGAGUUCAUUAGAAUCCAACGCGAGGCCUUGGAAAGUGACUACGUGAGUUCACACCUCCACUUGUGGAUUGACCUGAUUUUCGGGUACCGGCAACAAGGCCCCGCUGCUGUUGAAAGCAUCAACACCUUCCAUCCUUACUUUUACGGCCAAAGGGGCCAUCAGUAUGUGAAAGACCCGCUCCUCAAAAGCACAAUUUUGGGCUAUGUUAGCAACUUUGGGCAGAUUCCCAAACAGCUCUUUAUCAAACCUCAUCCGCCUCGUUGUGGCACAAAGAAAGAUGUUGCUUCGCCACCUCAUCCGAUGCCUUUUUUCUUCAAUCUGGACAAACUCAAGAUGGCAGCCCAACCAUUCAGAGAGCUGCCAAGAGGUCCAGUCGGUCAAAUAAUAUGUCUGGAGAAAGAAGUGCUUGUUCUAGAGAGAAACCGACUCCUCCUGUCACCUUUGCUGAGCUGCUACUUCAGCUGGGGUUUCCCUGACAACAGCUGCACUUUUGGAAAUUACGCCACUGACAAGACCUUCGCUGUGUGCGAGAUUUUAUGUGACUGGGGGGCCACGCUGUGCGCUGCUUGUCCCAACCCAACAACCAUCAUCACAGCAGGAAGCAGCACUGUGGUUUGUGUGUGGGAUGUGGCGAUCAACAAGGACAAACGAGUGCACAUGAAACUAAGACAGCCACUAUAUGGUCACGCUGAUGUGGUGACAUGCCUGACUGCAUCUGAGGUCCAUAGCUUGGUGGUGAGCGGUUCGAGGGAUCUGACGUGCAUCUUGUGGGAUCUGGAAGAGCUGAGCUACGUCACGCAGUUGGUGGGACAUACGAGCAGUGUCUGUGCAGUGGCAGUAAAUGAUCUCACGGGUGAGAUUGCAUCAUGUGCUGGGCCUGUGCUGUACCUGUGGACCAUGAAGGGUCAACUGCUAGCUUGCUCUGACUCUUCCUGUGGGCCUCAGGCUGACAUCCUUUGUGUCAGCUUCUCACAGCGGCAGGAGUGGGACGCCAGGAAUGUGGUGGUCACCGGCUGUGCAGACGGCACCAUACGGAUAUGGAGGACAGAGUACACCAGAAGACAAUUAACUGGCCCUCCAGAAGAGCUUGUGUCCCCAGGGCGAGACUCAACAGCGAGCGCCGCAAGUGGCUCAAAGGAGGUUAAACACUGGAAGAGACGUCUGGUGUUGCGACGGGAGAUCAACGGAAUUCAUCGCAGCAAAAAUAUUCCAGCUAUCACAGCAUUGGCCAUGUCCAGGACCCAUGCUACGUUGUUGGCAGGCGACGCCUGGGGCCGAGUUUUCACAUGUACCUGUGAGUGAGCUUUCUUCCAGCCGUGUAGCAUUUAUUGUUGGUGCCUCACUCAAGACUUGAACUCAGUACAUUUGACCGUGAAUGUGAAUAACGAGUACAGUACUGUACUCUUCUAUGUAAAUACUGAAACUGCAAACUGAAUUAAACAUUUUAGCUAUA